AUGCAAGAAGAGCUAGAUAAGUUCGGUCAGUGGUCCAAGGACAAUUACAUGCUUCUGAAUGGAGACAAGUGUAAGAUUAUGACUAUUUGCUUUUUGAGGAUUCCCCCUGCACCGCCGUCACUCAACAUUUACGGUUCAGAACUUGAAAGUGUGGCAGUUGCAUGUCUCCUGGGAGUCUGGCUCCAGGCUAACCUGAAGUGGGAAACAAACGUAACCAAGAUGCUCAACAAAGCAAACGGCCGGCUGUUUCUAUUAAGGAGACUGAAACACUUCAACCUCCCUGUGAAUGACUUACUGCAGGUCUACAAGUCAUACGUGAGACCUGUAGUAGAGUACUGUGCCCCGGUAUGGCACCCAGGACUCACUAGUUCCCAGUCAGCUCGCUUGGAGAGGAUACAGAAGAGGGCACUGCGCACCAUCCUGAGGGGUCAGUACGUGGACUACAACUCAGCCUUGCACACUACAGGCCUACAGUCACUCAGCAGCCGACGCACGGACUUAUGCCGGAAAUUUGCUUCUAAGAUCAACCCUGACCUCCUCCCACCGAGAGGAAGCGAGGAGCAUGGCAGGAACACUAGAAAUGCUAACAAACUGAGAACUGUGAAGUGUAGGACAAAUAGAUACCAAAACUCUACCAUACCAUACCUAAUCCGACUGUUAAACGAAUGA